AUGAAACCAAAGCUCUCGGAGAAAAUGCAUUUGUGUCUGCCAACGACUUUUUGCCCAAAAUGCGAACAGUUGAUGUGCGGGAUAUGCCUUGAGGAAGGCGUUAAAAAAUUUGGCGUGUGUUAUAAGUGUAAACAAACGGUCACUCUUGAGGAGAUUCAAAAUAGAAAAAAUGAAGAAGAAGUCCGACGCUCGAUGUCGGAACAAUCACCACCAACCCAAGCGAAAAUCAGACUUAGCCCUCGAAUGUAUCACUCACAAACAAUCCAAGUGUUUCUUUCACAACAAAGUUCGUCACUGCCAUCCUCUGCUUCCGUAUCAAGAAACUCCAUUGCGUCAAGUGAAAUAUCAUUUGACUACCAAACUCAAAACGGGUUCAACCCACAUAAAAGUAUAAGUUCUUCAAGAGGAGAUCCGGCUGGUAGUAACACAACAAACUCUCCGCGGUCUGUUGCGGAGAAAACGUAUAUAUCAGACGAGCGAUUUAAUCUUUUUAAACCUCCGAUGUUGAACGACAAAGUGACGUUCACCAAAGAGGCUGGAAAUGACGUGAAAAUUAUACAGUACGCGACACUGGAAAAGUGUUUAUUUAUGAUAGUCUCGUCGCAAUGUGAAGACUCUUACUUUCUUCAGUGUUUUGUAUACUCUUACAAACUCAUAACAACGACAUCAAACCUCCUCGACUUACUUUUGAUACUUCUAAAUCCACAAAAAGAAAAGGAAGUGAGCUGGAAGGACUUCUGUAAUAACAUUUUAUUCCCAUACAGAGCAAAGAUAUUGGCAAUUUUAAAACUCUUAAUCCACACAUUCCCGGAGGACUUCCAAAGAGAUGAAUUGUCGGAGAAGAUCGAAAUCAUAUGCGAUGUAUUAAGAUUCUGCAAUAAAUCCAAUUCGGAUAUGCUGAUGUCAUGCUUGGAUAAAGCACGAACAAAGAAGUUGUUGGUCAUUCCAACACUCAAGACAGUGUCUUUGAUUAACUACGACAAAGUGACUGGUAUACUGAGGUAUUCUCCCAUUGAUUUUGCUGAGCAAGUCACUGUUAUGCAAAUGGAGAAUUUUGUGAAGAUCCCUCCAUCGGAGUUUUUGAACCAAGGAUGGACUAAAAAGAAUAAGGAAGAACUCACCCCGAACAUCGUCAAGAUGAUCAAAUUUUCGAAUAAAAUCAUUAACAUUGUCCAAACACAAAUAGUCAUGCAGACGUCUUAUCCUCUUCGAACGCUCGCUAUUUUCUAUUUCAUUACUGUCGCUGAUAUAAUGAGGAAAUUGCAGAACUUUGACGGAAUGAAAACAGUGAUGAGUGCUUUACAAGCAACGGCUGUGUUUCGACUGAAAACAUCGUGGGAUAUGCUUCCUUCGAAGACAAAGAAUAUCUUUGAUGAGCUUUCAAAGUUGUGUUCGGAAGAUAAUAACUUCAAUGAACUUAGAAUGGCGAUGAAAGUCGCGACCCCUCCAACAAUACCAUUCAUUGGAAGUACUUUAACCGAUUUAAUAUAUACUGCCGACGGAAAUAAAACGAACAACGGCGAGGAGAGUGUGAUUAACUUCUAUAAGCUCAGAGGCAUUGGUAAUUUGAUCAAAGAAAUUAUGCUGAAGCAAAAGACCCCAUAUGUGAUAGCGGAGGAUAGACGCGCACAAGAAGGAAUGAUGUCGGUUGCAGUUGUAGAAGACGAAGAAACGUUGUUUGAAAUUUCGACCAACAAUGAACCCAAACUGUUUGAUAAAGUCGAAGAUGCGUCGAAAAAGCCAAAUAAAGGAGAAGGAAAGCACGCUAAGGAUUUGAUAAAGAGUUAUGUCAAACAUGCGAAGUGA